AUGGCAGGAAAAGCAAGAAAACAAUUGUCGAAGGAUGAAAAGACAAAGUUGAAGGAACAAUAUAUUGAAACCUUCAUUAAUAUGCUCGACAAGUACUCAAAGAUCAUCUUUGUCGAAGCAAACAAUGUUAGAUCAAGACAAAUGGCUGAUAUCAGAACCGGUUUGAGAGGAAAGGGUGAAUUGCUCAUGGGUAAGAACACCCUCAUGAAGAAGGCCAUCAAGGUUUUGAACGCUGAUUCUGAAGGAAAGUACAAGUCUUUGGCUAGCAAGCUUCAGGAUCUCGAGAAGAUUCCACCACUCCUCAAGGGUAACGUUGGUUUGGUCUUCACCAAUGGUGAUUUGAAUGAAAUCAAGGACAUUAUUAUGUCCUACAAGGUCGGUGCCCCAGCCAAACAAGGAGCCAUCUCACCAGUCACUGUUGUUAUUCCAGCUGUUAACACUGGUUUGGAACCAACCAAGACUUCAUUCUUCCAAGCUUUGAACAUUAACACGAAGAUUACCAAGGGUACCGUCGAAAUUAUCAAGGAACACGUUCUCUUGAAGCCUGGUGACAAGGUCGGAAACUCUGAGGCUGCUUUGUUGCAAAUGAUGAACAUUAAGCCUUUCGAGUAUGGUUUGGUCAUGGUUAACAUUUAUGACAAUGGUGCUAUUUACUCACCAUCUGUGCUCAGUUUGACUGAUGCUGUUUUGGAAGAGAAGGUCAGAGACGCUGCUAACAAUGUUGCUUCUAUUGGGUUGGCUUUGGACAUUCCAAACGAAGCUUCUAUUCCUCACUCUGUUGCCAAUGUUUUCAAGAACUUGUUGGCCAUUGCUGCUGGUACCGAUUUCUCAUUCAAGCAAGCUGAAAAGGUCAAGGAAUUCCUUGCUGAUCCAAGCAAGUUCGCUUCAGCUGUGCCAGCUUCUUCAACUGCAACCACUGUUGCUCCUGUUGUUGAAGAGAAGAAGGAAUCCGAAUCUGAGGACGACGGUGAUGCAUUCGGUGGUCUCUUCUAA